UUAUUAUCUUGAUAAAUGAAAGUAGUGUCUUUUUGACUCGCUAAAGAUGGAAGAUAUUGAAGAGGAAAUGACUGGUGAUGUCCUGUGUAGUGGAUGUUCAUCUGUUUUAAUAGAACCUUAUAUUAGAUGUAUUCAAUGUUCAGAAAAUAAUGUACAGAUAUGUCUUCACUGUUUUGCCAAUGGUGUGGAAUUUGACAACCAUGAAAGCAAUCAUUCAUAUAUUAUGAUUAGAAAUGAUUUUUCUAUAUUUGAAAAAAGAUGGACUGCUAUGGAAGAAAUCAACCUACUUAAAGCUAUUGAAGAAUAUGGAUAUGGAAAUUGGAAAGAAAUAGCUGAUCAGGUUAAAAGUAAAUCUGGAAGUGAAUGUGAAAGACAUUAUAAUAAACAUUAUAUAGAUAACCCUACUCAAUCAUUACCAGAGUUCACAGAACCAGAGAUAUCAUUUCAUCCAGCACCAAUAGUUUUUAAAUUAUGUGAUGAUCCACCACGUCCAUCAGAAGGUUCAACAAUAAUUAAUGACAUGGGUGGUUAUUUCGCUGCUCGAGGUGAUUUUACUAUAGAAUAUGAUAAUUAUUGUGAAUUAGAUAUAUCACAGAUAGAUGAUGUAGAUGAUAAUGAUGAUGAUGAUGAUGAUGAAGAUAGUUUAUGGGAAGAAGAUAAAAAAUUGAUGUCAGAUCUGAAAUUUGCCGCAGUUCAGAUUUAUCAUACGUGUUUAAAAGAAAGAGAUCGCAGAAAAAAAAUAAUAAGGGAUUAUGGUUUGAUCAAUAUGUCCAAAAUCUUUGUAACCAAUAAGAGAUAUGAAAGAACAAUAAGAAGUUUGGUUGAUGGUUUAAGAUGUUUUUCUACUUUAUUUACACCAAUAGAAUAUGAUCAAUAUCUAGAGACUUUACAUUAUGAAAGAGAAUUAAAACAAGAAAUAAUGAGAUUAAAAGAAUAUAGACAAAAUGGUAUCACCAAGCUUAGAAAUAUCAGAUUGUUCAAAGUGUUGAAUAAAAGAAGGGAGGUAACCAGGUCUAAACGUCAUCUUUUAUCCGAUCUACUCACAUACGUUCAGGAUGAAGAUAAUUGUAAAUCUUGGUUACAAAGACAAGCUUUUAUAGAAACUAUGUCGAAAGGUGGCAAUGUACCAUUACCUACAGCACCAAGAAAGGCUCCAGCACCACUGGAUAUUACUGGCUACCCUGGUUAUGAUAAACUUUCUCAGAAUGAUAAGGAGAUCUGUACCACUAUUCGACUUGUUCCAGAAGCUUUUAUGGAGUUUAAGAAAGUGUUAAUUAAAGAGUGUCAGAAACUUGGUUGUUUAAAAUUAGCUCAAGCUCGAUCUUUAAUUAAAAUAGAUGUGAAUAAAACCAGGAAAUUAUAUGAUCAUUUAAUCAGUGAUGGCACAAUUAAUAAAGAUCCUUUAUGAAAACAA